AUGCAGCGGGGCAAGUCAAGUACUUCGGUGAAGGCCUCGUUGAAAAUACCCCUGGGAGGAACCCUUGACGCCAAGUUCUGCAACUGGAAUACUAAGCCACCCUUGCUUCUUGAAGGCGUCAAAGACCAUUUCAACAACGCCGCCUAUGCGCACAUGACUCACUCCAAAACGCAUGCCUCGAAUGAGAGAGACGUUGCAGCAUACAAAGGUGAAGCCCAACAUCCUUUCAAGCGUUUGGAUUGUACCAAAUCUACCAUGGGAGAAAUCACCCAGGAUGCAUCUUCUCGUUUGACAUUCGACAAAGGACAAGGCCAUGCCCCCUCGGGGAUCUCUUCUCCAUCUCAAACGUCCGCGAGUUCAAAAGCAGAACGACCCAAGCAGACCCGAAGCCAAAUUCUGGUAGUGCUCCGGGACUUGGCUAGUUUCGACCUGUGCUGA